AUGUCUGCUGGUCCAGGGCUUGAGUCACUUGUAGAUCGUAUGUGGCUUCCAGUUCAUGUUUAUGUCUUCUUUUCAUUCAAGUUCAGCUUUCAGAUCACACGAUAUGGUUGAGUUUAAGCAGGCCUGCCGAGUAGCCUGUCAACUCGGUCAUCAGGAUUUAGUUUAGUGGCUUUAUCUCAAUUAUGAGAUCUACCAUCGAUGAUGCGCUGUCUGAAUACCUCGUUUCCAUGUUUUAGUUCUGAUUUGGGACUUUCUGCUCCUAACUUGAAGCGAUUUUUUCAAGUCAGUCAUUGAUCUUAUCUUUUCCAUUUGCAGAAACGAUAUCAGUGAUCACUAAUGAUGGAAGAAAUAUUAUAGUGAGUACUGAAGCGUUCUUCACGACCUUCUCCAACUCCUCAUAGUGUUGUUGAUAAUCAUAUCUCUUUUAAAGGAAAAGUUAAUCGCGUCUGUGUUUUUAAAUUCCAGUAAAUGGUGAAGAUACUCUUUUUCUUUUUUUUGGACUCAGACAACGUGGUACUCCAAAGUAUUGAUCAAAAUUUUCAAUAUAAUAAGAAUUUUCAGACACUUCGUCUUCGAUUCUCAGAUGCUCUUGUCGCUGCUUCCCCCUCCCUGAACUUUCAGCGAAGUCAAUAAACUGGCCGAUUGGCUUCAUCUGUUUCAACUAGAGAAAUUUCAUGGCAAUAUCUCCAUGCUUCAGCUUCUCUGCUAACUCUGAUGGCCAUCACCUUCUGCAGGGAAUUUUGAAAGGGUUUGACCAGGCCACAAACAUUAUUCUAGACGAAUCACACGAGCGAGUCUAUUCAACAAAGGUUUGCCCUUCCUUUCUUAUCUCAGGUUUCAUAUUCUUUUGAUAACCUGUUCAACAGAGAGGUUUCCAGUCAUUUCACCCUGAAAUCUUUAGACUCUUCCAAGUGGGCAGGUGCCUAGCUGUGUCUUACAUACAUAUCCAUACAUCUAUGGAAAACUAGUGAACAGCUACAUAACCGAGCAUCAUGUCGUUACACUAGUUGAGAAGCCUCGGCAUCAUUCGUCAUGGAUAUUUAGCCUGAUCUGUUUAGUACAUGCUGUGAUUUGGACAAAUCUUAGCGAAUUAGAAAGUUUACUUGAUCCGUGAUGGGUCAAUAAGUUAAACAAUAUCUUCUGAACCUAGUUUGUAAAUGGUAAGUGCUAAUUUGAUCAAGCCUUGUCAGAGGCUUCCCAAAUCCAUCUCACAAUUAUAUACAUAUAUAUAUAUAUAUAUGGAUCUGCAAGAUCUUCGAAUAAAACUCUCUUUGAAGCAUCUUGGACUUUGGGAAUCUCUAACAAGCCCUAGGUUGACGGAAGAAGGCCCAACGACUGUGAUGAUACUGAAUUUGGAAAUUUUAUAUCAUGUGGUAUCUAUAUGAAUGGGCCCACUGCAUGUCAGCAUCGAGAAGCUUACAGGGUUUUCUGGAUAUAGUGGAGGUUUCCUCCUGUGGGAUUCAUUCAGACCGAGGUUCUUGAGGGGGGGCCUGAGUGAGUUGUAGAGGUUCUUUACAUUUUUCAUGGUUCGUUGGGAAGCCCAGAGACAGGUAACGCUAAUCUCGUUGCUGUAUGAUAUAAUCCUAAUUUGAAUGGGGGGGAGGGGGGAAAAAACGAGACUUUUAAAAUCUAUUUUUCAAAACCCUAAAGCAAAAACCCCAAACCCUAAACCCUAGAGCUGACCUUCGACCCCAAUUUGUAAAUCCGAAACUCUAAAAUCCGAGAUCCUAAGCCAGACACCAUUUUUUCUGGGGAAAUCAUAGUGUUUGAUACCCAUAUUAGCUCAAGAAUCCCCUUCAAAGGAGUAAAUAAAUAAAUGCAUCUCUCUCUCUCUCUCUCUCUCUCUCUCUCUCUCUCUCCUCUCCCUCUCUCCCUCUCUCCCUCUCUCUCUCUAUCUUUCUUGCGUAACCUGAAGAUCUUUGACUCGCAGGAAGGUGUCCAGCAACUGGUCCUGGGCUUGUACAUCAUCAGGGGCGACAACAUGUAAGAAGAAACCUGCCCCCCUCAUACGCAGAAGUUCUUGAAUUUUUUGGACCUGAUGCAUGGUAAUUAUUUCUCUCUCUGCAGAAGUGUGAUCGGGGAGCUGGACGAGGAGCUGGACGCCAACCUGGACCUGUCCAAGCUGCGGGCCCACCCGCUGAAGCCCGUCAUCCACUGA